GUGUGUGAGACGGAGUCCAUUAUCAUUUUUGUGUGAUUUUUCGAACAAUUUCUAAAAGAUUAUGCCUGCCUACUGAUGGGCCGGUAAAACAUAAUGGAUAACAUCGUCUACGACUUUGCCAAGAUCACGUUUCAGCCGAAGGAGGUGGGACUGACCGAGAAUCGCGGAGCGAUUCCAAACCUCUCCUGGAGAGUGAAGGAGAUGUCCAUGACGGACAUAGAGAUGAUGCGGAGCACGACCAUACACGGUGCAGCAGGCGGCACCGAGUUGGAGGACGAUGUGAGCAGCGAGUCCAAUGCCUCCGAUGAAGUCGACUCGCAGCUGAGUCGCGGCGAGGACAACGACGACGAUAGCGACUGCAUUAGCGGCAGUUCCCGCUACAGCCACCACGGUGCAACACGUUCUGGUGUCUCUCGCCGCCGCAUGCCCGCCCGUGUGUCCAAGGACAACUUCAACCGCGUCUGCAGCGUCAUCAUGAAGCCAGCUAAGAAGAAGCAGCGCAAGGAGCUCAACACCAACGCCCAGACAAUGCGCAGCAUUGAGAAGCUCUACACAAGCAAGCGGCUGAAGAAAUUCACGCCGGCCAAUCUGGAGACUAUCUUCGAGGAGCCAAGUGAUGAGAAUGCCGCCGAUGCGGAGGACGACAGUGAAGAAUGCUCCAUAAGCAGCCAAGUGCGAAUUGUCAAGUUCGGUGGACGCAAGCUGCGGCGCGCCAUCUCCUUUAGCGAUGGCCUGAACAAAAACAAAAUGCUGCUGAAGAAGAAGAUCCGCCGACAGAAGGUGAAGAAAACGUUUGGGAAGCAUUUCGCUCUAAAGAAGAUAACCAUGACCGAGUUCCAUGAUCGUUUGAACAAAAGCUUCGACAGUGCCAUGCUCGAGGGCGAGGACGAACCCUUGGGCGAUGUCGCAGAGCUGCCUAAGACGGCCAUGACCAUGGAGGACAUACAACUGCCGGGAGGGCAACAACUGCAGCCAACGGCAUUCAAGUAGGCGGUAGAGAGAGACUGAAAGAUCCAUUCAUUCAUCAUUAUUGCAUCAUUUCAACCAACUAGUUGAUAGUGGCCAAGAAACUCGUACUGAUACCAACUAUGAAGCUACACACACACGCUCUCCCCUAGGAUUAAGCGGAAAGCAGAAGUUUAAGUUAUACGUAUGUGUAAAUAGCAAGUAGAGAAAGUAAACUAAAGCUACACCUAAAACUAAACUUAUCCAGCCAUAGAAUGCGAUUCUGUGCUUAGCCACUAAGUAAAAGGUAAUAAUAAGAAAUAAACGUUGCAAAAGGUUACAUAUCCACAUAUUCACUGCCCUCGUUAAAGAUUCUUUAAUGUUUAAAUUUGAAAAGUACUUGUGCGUCUACUUAGAUUUGAACCAGAUUAAAGUUCAAGUUCAGAGCAGCAGAAGAAAUAUCUUUAAUUUAAAUUA